GGUAAAAGCAGCCAGCAGCGGCGGGUCGGUCCUCUCCGCUGCUGUGGGAAAAAAAAAAGAGAUUUUUUUUUUUUAACAACCUCUUGAAGGCAGCAAAUACGAUACGUUUUCUCGAGGAGGGGACUUCAUUUAAUUCAGUCUGGAUCAGGCGACAUCUUUGUAGUGACAGGCUACAGCCAAAAAACAUUACAGGACUCCCGAUUGUUGCGAGUGCGAUUCUCUGUGAAGUUUCUGCCACUGAACGGGAUUCUACCUCCUCCCGCUCGUCGGCACAGCCCGGAUAAUCAGCCCGGUGUGUUAGGGAAGUUGAGGAGAAAUCAGCACCAUCGGCACCAUCUCCAGUUUGGACUGUGUCCUAAGUUGUUGGACUUUUCUCGUUUGUCCAGUUCUUCUGCUUAAUGUCCUGGCUGUUUGUGUGCGUGUGUGUGCAGAAGGUUUUCUAUUUGUCUAUUAAGUAGGACUUUUCCGUUCGGUGCUAUAUGCUUUACAGCCUCCACGGUGCCCCCCACCCCUCCACCCUGUAAUGCUUUUACAUUUGCCACUGAAGCACGGCUUUGAUGCGCCCGGAUACAUUUCCUCUUUCUCGCAGCUCUGAUUCUUUUCCUCCUCCCAGUCAUCCAUCUCAGCCUUCUUUUAAUUAAACAUUCACAGGGGGGACGCCCCAGACUGCCAUCUUCUCCCCCCCUCAUUUUCGACAACUGCAAAAUACUAGUAGGUAAUAAUGGCCAUGGAUCGGUGAAGAAUGCAUAUUCAGAUUGUUGUAGGGUGAAGUUGGAGGCCCCCGAAUCAACACAAAAUAACCGAGGACACAGCUUAGGAACUUUUAACAUCCUGAGCCAUCGUUUGUUCUUUCCCUCGCUGAGACUUGCUGUAAUAGGCGUGUAGCCUGUUUCGAGCUAUUCAUGACGGAAACGAUGGCGCUGAGUGGGAACUGUAGGACUAACACCAAAGAGCAAGCAUCCGUUCAGAACAGUUUCCCAGAUGUUGUUGAAUUAAACGUGGGGGGCCAGGUUUAUUACACGCGUCACUCAACUUUGGUGGGUACCCCGAAUUCAUUACUCGGCAAGCUGUUCUCUUCCAAAAAAGAUGCAUCGAAUGACCUGGCGAGAGACCCCAAGGGCCGUUAUUUCAUCGACAGAGACGGCUUUUUAUUCCGGUAUGUGUUGGACUACCUCCGAGACAGGCAAGUCGUCCUCCCGGACCACUUCCCGGAGAAAGGGAGGCUCAGGAAAGAGGCGGAGUACUUCCAAUUGCCUGACUUGGUGAAGCUGCUGACCCCUGACGAUAUCAAGCACAGCCCGGACGACUACUUCCACAGCGACUAUGAAGAUGGGUCCCAGGGCAGCGACCACCGGCAGUGUCCGCCUCCCUCUCUUGUCCCCGCGGACAGAAAGAGCGGCUUCAUCACGGUGGGGUACCGGGGGUCGUGCACCAUGGGCCGAGAGACUCAGACGGACGCCAAGUUCAGGAGGGUGCCUCGGAUACUGAUAUGCGGUCGGGUGGCCCUCGCCAAAGAAGUUUUCGGGGAGACCCUGAACGAGAGCCGGGAUCCGGACAGGACCCCGGAUCGGUACACCUCCCGGUUUUACCUCAAGUUCAAGCACCUGGAGAGGGCUUUUGACAUGCUGUCGGAGUGCGGUUUCCAAAUGGUGGCCUGCAACUCGUCAGUCACGGCCUCGUUUGUCAACCAGCACACAGAGGACAAGAUCUGGUCGAGCUACACAGAAUACGUCUUCUACCGUGGUCCAUCACGUUGGUCCUCCCCUGGAUGUGACUGCUGCUGCAAGAACCACAAGGGUGACGGCGAGGGCGAGAGCGGCACCUCGUUCAACGAGCUCUCCACCUCCAGCUCUGAGAGCCAGUCAGAGGCCAGCUCUCCCCAGGGAACAAUCAUCUGCGGCCCGGUCAGCCGCCAGUCACACCCCCACGCCAACGUCCAAACCCUGGACAGGCCGCUGAAAAAGGGCCCCAUCGCCAUGCUCCAGCAGUCCGAGCAGCGGCGGAAGAGUGACUUGUUGCGCACACUCACGGCGAGCUCCCGCGACACCAGCACGUGCAAGAAACGUCCAGCAAAAGAGAAGCCGACGGUCGAGGAGGAGUUGGAAAAGUGCAUUCAAGACUUCCACAAGAUCAAGAUCCCAGAGAGGUUCCCCGAGAAGAAGUACAUGUGGCAGGCCGACUUGCUGAGAAAGUACCGCGUCUGAGCCAGGAAACUGGACAGAGGGUGCAGACACAUGAGGCCAAGGAUCAGUUUACAUGUUUUUUGAUCAUGACUUUUGCAACAAAAGGGAGAUAACACCUAGCUCAUUAGAAUCCGGUUACUGGGAGAAAUGUCACCUUCAUGCCAGUAGGUUGAAAGUCUACACAGAAGCUAGUAAAAAGCAUAAAAACAAGACUGUUCUCUUAUUGACAUAGUAUGUAUGUGUGUGUAUGUAAUUUAGGUCUACUGUAUGUACCGUACGUAUGUGCCGCACUUGCUGAAUGCUUCAGAGCCUUGAAUAAUUAUAUCCCUGAGGACUAAUCCAUGUGGGUGAAAGACAGCCUCUAUGAGCCGAUCAACCAACUGAAGGCUUGCUAAUGGCUACAAUGGGGGUUAUUGAGGGUUACUGGACUACACACACUGUCAUCCGUCAUAAUUUCCAUGGAAAACCAUCACCGGAGCUACAGUUUUAGUCCACAAAGACGAA